AAACUUUCCUCCAUUUCAAAAUUCAAAAUGGCGAUUGUUGUCCGUGUUGUGUUUUUCCGCGUUUACUUUAGUAUUCUUGAAAAUAAGGUUUUUUUUAGUUAAGUAUUUUGCAGUACUAAACUGAAAACUUUCAUGAUAAAUGUAACAGAGAAAAAUUGUGUUUAUGUGAACGUAAAUGUCAAAUCUAACCCUGAGCUGUUAGCGCGGUUUCUAACCGCAUUUUUUUGCGUUUAUAUUUAUUGAGUGGCUUUUUAAAUUGAUAAAUAUUGCAAAUUACUGAAUUGCCGGUCUUCUCAUAUAGUGUUAAUGUUCAGUGUAGUCAAACGUCUUAAAACAAUGAUUGUAUGAAGUUAAUUACUGAAGUUGUUUCCGUUGAAAACAAUGGGUGAAACUGAAGAUUUUAAUACAUUAGCCUUCGAAAAGAGGUUGAUGCAACUAAAAGACACUCAAGAGAGUAUACAGUCGUUGUCGUCGUGGUGCUUGAAACAGAGAACGCAUCAUAAGAAGAUCGUAUCGAGUUGGUUAAAUGUGUUGAAAAGAGUGAAGAUUGAGCAGAGACUAGUUUUGUUUUAUCUUGCCAACGAUGUUGUUCAGUACAGCAAAAGGAAAGGCUACGAUUUUGUCGAAAGCUGGGGGCUUUAUUUGCAGAAAGCAACACCUUUGGUCAGAGAUGAAAAAGUGAGGCCAAAAAUCUUGAGGAUAUUUAAAAUAUGGGAACAGCGAUCUGUUUAUGAUGAUGAAUUCUUAUCUGAUUUGACUGGACUACUUAGUGCUGGAGCAAUCAAGAAAUCAGAUGAUGAUGCUUUAGAUUUCCAGCCACAACAAUUAGUUAAUAAAAUAAAACAAUGCACUGUGCUCGAGGCUGAUACUGAUAUGAGACUGAAAAGUAUUCACGAGAAUCAAUUACCGCUUUCUGAUAUAGAUGCGUUAUCUGCUAAUUUAAAAGAGAGAUGCCUUAAGGAUAAUGUAGAUAAAGAAGUGACUGAAGGUAUAGCUUGUGUAGAGAGGUACACACAAGCAUUGCAACGUGAGAUUGUAGCAAGGGAGACACUAUUGGCAUUGUUGACCUCGGCCACGCAGUAUUACUCAACCCAACGUGGGGAAGUCAAAGUUGUAGCCUAUGCUUACAAAAAUUUUGGUGCUCGAGUAAGAGCAUUGAAACGUAAAUUAGAUGAAUUAAUACCUAAUUUACCGUCGUCGGCGCCCUCUCCUCCUCCGAGAGAUGAAGAUGUGCCUUCACCUGGUCCUGAUGAAGAUCUCGACCUGCCUGUUCCCGAUGUUAGCGAAGAAGCAAGUGAUGACUUGGCUUACAACAUUGAUCAAUCAUUUAACACAACUCUUGGCCCAGACGGUUCUCUAUAUAAUUUGGGCCUGACAUCGUUUCUCACCUCAGACAAUCCAAUGGCGAUAUUCAAUGAGUCAAACGAAGAUUAUAAUAGCACUAACAAAAUUGAAGUUAUAAAUUCGAGACCGACGGAUAAACCGGAUUUUAAUAUCAACGAUUUCCUCAAGAAUUUGAUCCCUAACGACAACACUGUCACAUCAGACAAUAAUUCAGUGGGCAGCGGAACAUUAUCUCAGAAAUCCCAAGAUGCACUUCCCGGUCUGGAUUUAUUGACACCAGAAAGUAAUGGAAAUCCACCGCCACCCACAUCGUUCUAUGGUACCAUUAACGACGAACCGGAAGCAAGCUACAUACCGGAAGUUACGAGUCCCUGGGAGGGCAACUCCUGGAAUGUGGCGGCUAUCACAUCAAUACCUCCGCCUCCCGUUAUAAUCGACACCCCGGAGUCACCGCCUCACCAUCAAGCCCGGGGGAUACCCUUCGCUCCUGUCAUUGCAACGGAAGCGCCGCCGGUCUCCGAUGUGGAUCACAGAGGUAUCCUGCCGCCCCCGCCUCCGCCCCCCGUCCUGUCAAUGCUGGGACACAUAGAAGAUGUGGAUCACAGAUUGUUACCGACCUUAUCGAACCCCCCUCCGCCAGUCGCGCCCCCCGCAACCAGACAUCCGAUUCUACAUCAAGACGUGGACCACAGGAAUCUAAUAUCGCUGACUCAUCAGCUCGCGGCGCCGCUUCCCAACAGCGCUCAUGUCGGGGACCAGGAUUACAGGGUCCCGGUCAUGGUGCAGCCCACGGACAUAGUGGAGAGUGUCGACAUGGACCUAUCCGAAGAUGAGGACCCACAAACAAUGUACGGCAGUCAGCAGCAGAACCAAGCCGAGCACAGUCGCAGACAUAUCUUCAACAACAACAAGGUCCUGGUGGGCGGAGAGGGGGGGGCGAUCCGCGGCGACCUCCCCCUCGGCCCGCCCCGCCCGCCGCCCGAGCCCGAGCGGCUUGCCGUCAGACCCGUGUCGGCCCCCCUCCCGCCGAACCCUGCGCUGAACCCCCCGGCCAUAGCCCCCAUGACCGCUCCCGCUAACAGAAUGGUCAACCCGUUCGACGCGAUGCCUCCGUCCUUGAAAAAAUUCGCCGAAAGUAGAACUCGCAUGGAAACUGAAGGUAAUUACGAAGAAUACGGAGCUAACGAACGUAAUUAUAGAUCGGAGGAAGACUUUGAGGAAUAUGCGAACGAGGGCGAGUGGUGCGGCCCGCCGAGUCGGUUCAUGAGCCCGAGGUUCCCGCGGGCGUGGCGGCCGCGGGCAGGGUUCAGAGGGUCGGGCUUCGGACCUUGGCCCCGGCCAGGUCCUCGCCCGAACCGAUGGAUGGGCCCCCGACCUCAACGGUUCUGGUGAUCUGCCAUCCUCGAGGAGUGCUGUAUCGCUCCGGGCGACUGUAAAUAUACUUGUUAUGGUUGAAAAGUGAAAUUUUUAUGAGAGCGUCAACGUUAGUACGUUGGAUAAGUCCUAAAUAGUUUGACGGAUGACGUUGAGUGACGCAUGAGUAGGGGUGGUUCCUCGCUCCGGCAAGUGUACCCUUAGUCACACGCUCAGGAAGUUUUUGAAAUAAAUGGGCAGCUCGUGUGUUUGUAUCGUUUCAAUACGCUGAGAAGCUGCUGUUUACAGACUGAAGUUGUGAGGUUAAGCUGUAUGUACUAUAGAGAAUGCGAUUGCUAUUAAAUUUUUUUUUUUAUUAUGUUUUCAUUCACUCUCUUAAAUCCAAGAAUACUUGUUAUUUACGACAUUAAAACAGUUUGUAAUUAAUUGUGUUUAAAAUAAUAAUAAAAAAUAGUAUUUUGCCUUAUUUCAAUUAUUGACCUUUCAAAUGUUUUCAUCGGUCGCCCCGUCACAGCACAAAUUAGACUCCGUACGUAUUUUUUUGUAAGACGCGCAUUUUUAUGAUUUUUGAUGUGAAACAUCUAUAGCCGCACGUAAAA